AUGCAGUGGUCAUCCGCUCAACCUCCGCCGCCGGGCACUCAACCGCCGGCGGCCUAUCCGUACUCUGCUGCUACCGCAUUCACUCCAGUUCAGGUCCGCCAAACCUUCGGUCAACCUUAUUCCGCCGCACCACCCGCUUCCUAUCCUCCCCCACCCAUCUACGGCCCUCUUCCUACACAUCCUCCCGCAACACCACUCCACACUAAUCCAGCCGCACCCUUGACCGUCGCGUCGCCGUCUACAACACAAGAGCCUGCGAAGAAAAAGAUCGACUGGCCAGAAUCUGUUCGCAACUACGUCCAGCGUUCUUUCCAGACUUCCAACCUAGACCCAUCGGUCACCCGCGCCGAAAUGGAAGCCAAGCUCAAGGAAACCAUCUCAAAUGCGAACGACCAGGGCCACAUGUACACCGUCAACUGGGAGAAAAUGCCCUUGCCGCAAGAGAUGAUCAAGGAGGAGCGUGCUAGAGCCAGGGCCGUUCAACAAACACCUCAUUUCUCGGCCCUUUCCAUUUCCCCUACCAGUUCCAAGAAGCGCAAGUCUACAGAUUUCAGCGAGGGCGCCGCACCCCCUUGGCGGAACGGACAGAACCGCCUUGAGGACCGCAUUACAUUCAAUGCUGAUAAACGCCCAGCCCCAGUCGAGGAAGCCCAGUCGAAGACCCAAAGUAAGUUCCAGAAGCAGUUGGAGAAACGUCAGAAGCGCUUCGACGGAGGAUACAAGUCGACGUAUCGUGAGCCGACUCCUCCUCCCAGCGACGGCCCGGUUGUCGGUACAUGCGAGACCCUGGAGAAGCGUUAUCUCCGUCUGACGGCACCGCCCGUUCCGUCCGUGGUCCGACCAGAGCGGGUUCUGCGCCAGACGCUCGAGUUGCUCAAGAGAAAGUGGAAGAAGGAGCAAAACUACUCUUACAUCUGCGAUCAGUUCAAAUCCAUGCGUCAGGACCUGACAGUCCAGCGCAUCAAGAAUGAGUUUACCGUAGAAGUCUACGAAAUCCAUGCCCGGAUUGCCUUGGAGAAGGGGGACCUCGGUGAGUAUAAUCAGUGUCAGACCCAGCUCAAGGCUCUCUACAAGAUGGGUAUCAAGGGAAAGUCGAUCGAGUUCAAGGCGUAUCGUAUCUUGUAUUUCAUUCAUACCGCUAACCGCACGGCGUUGAACGACGUCCUGGCGGAUCUAACUGCAGCAGAGAAGGAGGAAGAGGCCAUAAAGCACGCGCUUGAUGUCCGAUCCGCAUUGGCACUGGGCAACUACCACCGCUUUUUCCGGCUCUACAACGACACGCCUAACAUGGGCGCAUAUCUUAUGGAUAUGUUCGUCGGCCGUGAACGCCUUGCUGCUCUUUGCAACAUCUGUAAGGCGUACAAACCCGAUGUGCCACUGCGCUUCGUCACCGAAGAGCUGUACUUUGAGUCGGAUGCGGAUGCUGCCCAAUUUAUCCUCGACUACCAGGGCCAGGAUCUACUGGAGGAUCGCGACGGAACUGUUGUUUUCCUGACCGGAAAAGCUAAAGAGCUAUUCGAGGGUCCGAGGAAGGCAGCCUUUUCCAGGGUUGACAUCAAAGGUCAAAUCUAA